AUGCCCUUCAUUGACCGACUUUGUUCUUCUAUUUUCUUUCCCUUCCAGGCAAGGACUGUAUGAGUGUGUGUUUUUGCAAAUUCACCACAAUGGGCAGGUUGCUGAUCUACGCCGUGAUGUUGCUAGCAUUGCUUUGGGCGGUUUCGGUGAGAGGAGAAGAAGAGCAGCAACUUAGCACCAAAGAGUGUGAGAGUCUGGGAUUCAAUGGUCUGGCUCUCUGCUCAGACUGCAACACCUUUGCUGAGUAUGUCAAGGACCAAGAAUUGGUGUCUGAUUGUCGAAGGUGUUGCACGGAAGAUUCUGAUGAUGGUAUGAGUAAGAUUAUAUAUUCUGGAGCGAUCUUGGAGGUCUGCAUGAGAAAAUUGGUCUUUUAUCCUGAAAUUGUGGGCUUCAUCGAAGAAGAGAAGGACAAGUUCCCAUCGGUUAAAGUUCGAUAUGCAUUUAACUCGCCACCAAAGUUGAUAAUGCUGGAUGAUGAUGGAGAACAGAAGGAAACAAUUAGAAUCGAUAAUUGGAAAAGGGAACACAUACUGCAGUUCUUGAAUGGCAAGGUUAAGCAAACUUCUGAUAGUUGAUGGAAAAGGUACUCAGAUCAUCUUUCAGUUGAUCCUUGGUGAUAUUCUUGGUCAUAGACUUUUGCUGAGCUCAUCCAGUGUUGAAGAAAUCAAAGCAUGCUGCAGUGAAAGGAAAAGCUGCUUAGUGUUUAGCUUUAGAUAGCAGAAUUCAAUUACAUGAACAUUUUUGGCAUCAUUUCAUCUGAUAUACUUCAGAAAACAUAAUUUUAAUUGCUGUUACUCUUGUGCAAGCAGUUCCAAUCCUUUGUUGUUUGACUCUCCGUUAUCUGUUGGUCUGUAAAACCGAUGACAUUAUCCAUUAUGUAUGAGAAACAAAUUUAAGGGACUGGGAUUUUUAUGGAAAGCUUUCUUGAUA